GGACUCUACCGCUUCUCACACUGCCAUCGAAUUGUUAUCUAAAUAUCGUUCCUAGGCCUCUCGCCUUUAGUGAACGAUAUCGCGUUUUAUAAAUAAUCUAUACUUCUGAAAUCUACAACAGAAAAACAUUUACGUAUCCAACAUAAUGUGCAAGCGUACAUUAAAGCCGAGCGUUUCAAUCGAUCGACUGCAUUAAAAAUAAAAACUAUUUAUAUCAUUUCGCUGGCAACUAAGCAGUUUUUGUUGCGCUGCAAUAUACCUUAUAGGCUUAAUUUUUAUGCAUUAAUGAAAAGUGGUCGGAUAUCACUUGUAUGUAUUGUUUAUUAAUAAAAGUGUGGUGCCGUCCUGUGCUUAGUUCAUUACGUGAAUGCUGCGUCAAUCCUCGAGAGACACUCAAGAGUCACAAGAGUCUACGGACAUAAAAGAUCCAUCUAUGCAAAAUACGGCUAUCGCUCUUCUGGAGUCGGCAACGGCUUACGAGAGAGCCGUGCUGGAAUGUGAACCCUCAGAGGCGUCAGAACACGGUGGGUUUCGGUGAGAACGUUGGUGCGGCAGCGGCAUGGAGGAACGUGGGCCUCCCGACGUGCCGUUGAUCGUGACGCCACCUUGCGGCGGCGGUGGUGGCGGUGGCGCCGCGCUCACCACCUCACGACGCGUCGCUUCUGCCCGCGGCUCCCGCGACGAUGCUCCAUCAACCUGGCGUUCUUCAGUGCGUGUACGCGACACAGGUUUCCGCGGGUCUCGGAAGAGUGUCGUUCGUCUCGAACCGCCCUGUAAUGGCCUCAACGGGUUACCAGCCAUCGGCAAGGAGGUACUUUCAUUGGGUGCGACGGGGCCCAAGGGGACCACGCAGCCAUCUCACCCCUGCACUAUUCUCCACCAUUCUCCUUACAAGGCCGCUUGGGAUUGGUUGAUCUUAAUUUUGGUGAUCUACACAGCAAUAUUCACACCCUACGUAGCCGCUUUCCAGCUAAAUGAACCAGACUUUGACAAACGCUCGCGCAGCUUUGGAGAAGAUCCCAUUGUUGUUAUUGAUAUGAUUGUGGACGUAACAUUCAUUGUCGACAUACUGAUAAACUUCCGUACCACAUUUGUGAAUACUGCGGAUGAGGUGGAGUCCGACCCCGCGAAGAUAGCGAUGCAUUACCUGAGGGGGUGGUUCGUCAUCGAUCUUGUCGCCGCCAUCCCCUUCGAUCUUCUGCUGUUCGGAACCGACACCGACGAACAGGGGCUGGAAAGUGAUGAGACGACGACUCUCAUCGGUCUCCUGAAGACGGCGCGAUUGCUGCGACUUGUGCGUGUCGCGCGCAAAAUUGACAGAUACUCCGAAUAUGGCACUGCCGUCCUUCUUCUCCUUAUGUCCACAUUUGUGCUUAUUGCGCAUUGGCUGGCAUGUUUGUGGUAUGCUAUCGGUAGCUGGGAGCGACCUCAGCUGCACGCACCUAUUGGAUGGCUAGACGCGCUUGCCAAUGAUGUGCAAGCAUCAUACGAUAACUCCACUGGCCCAUCAAUGAGGUCCCGUUACAUUACAGCUCUCUACUUCACCUGCACGUCUUUAACAAGCGUUGGCUUCGGUAAUGUAGCCCCAAACACUGAUAUGGAAAAGGGGUUUACGAUAUUUGUAAUGUUAGUUGGAUCACUGAUGUAUGCCAGUAUCUUCGGCAACGUAUCAGCUAUUAUACAACGACUUUAUUCUGGAACUGCUCGAUAUCAUACACAAAUACUCAGAGUUCGUGAAUUUAUUCGAUUUCAUCAGAUAGCUAAUCCCUUGCGUCAAAGGCUAGAGGAAUAUUUUCAACAUGCAUGGAGUUACACCAAUGGAAUCGAUACGUCUAGUUUACUUAAGGGUUUCCCUGAAUGCCUUCAAGCCGACAUUUGCCUUCAUCUCAACCGCAAUUUGCUUGCUAGUUGUUCUGCUUUUGAAGGUGCUAGUCCAGGAUGCCUCAGGGCACUAUCACUGAGGUUCAAGACCACACACGCUCCUCCUGGUGAAACUUUGGUUCAUCGGAGUGAUGUUCUCACGUCUUUGUAUUUCAUUUCUCGGGGAUCUAUUGAAAUACUAAAAGACGAUAUCGUCAUGGCUAUUCUAGGUAAAGAUGACAUAUUUGGUGAAAAUCCGUGCGUGUAUCCGACUGUCGGGCGAAGCAACUGCCGCGUGCGGGCGCUCACGUACUGCGACCUGCAUCGUGUGCAUCGGGACGACCUGCUCGACGUUCUUGACUUCUAUCCAGAGUUCCGAGCCUCCUUCGUCAAUAACCUGGAGAUUACAUAUAAUAUGCGUGAUGAGGAAUUGAGUGGCAUAGAGCCUAGGCGUCGCAUGCGUUACGAAAAUCCGUCUGAAGCUCGUCUUUUACGUGAAGCGUACGCGCGUACGACGCGCCGUCCACACACUGAAACAUUUGCUGAAAAAGUGGAUUCACAGUGUAGUGACGACGAUACCGAAUCUCCUGCCAGCCGAGGUAUUCUCGAAUUCUCCACAGACAAAGCUGGACAAGACGUCACACCGCUCAACUUUAACUUUAGCAAACAACGGUCGACUACUCUCAAUUCAAUCACUGGCAUGCUAGCGCAACUAAAACGGAGCUUCCCAGACCUCUACCAUCAUAAAACACACCAGCCGCUGCACAACAAGUACUCGCAAUCAACACCUCAAACAUACAGAGGUCGAGCAGCCGUACGGCGGCAAUCGUCGGUGGGUCCAUUAAAUGACACAUCGCCACUAACUGGGGGCGCAGGUGCUGGGGAGCCAGCUAUCAGUACACCCGCCCACAGCACUACAUUACCAGUGUCCAGCCUCAGUACGAACCCAAGCUCGUACUACACCAACGCGUCGCCUAGUCCCCCGGCGGCACCGCCUGCUCCCGUGCACGUCUCUUGCGAUGACAUCUUAGCGCCCUCCGCGCCACCUUCCGCCGCGCGAACACCGUCAUCGCGCUCGGCCCCACAUUCAGCUGUUAAUCUUCACCAAACGGGCCGACCAGCCGCACUUUCUUUCAACUCUGAAAAAGCACAAAAUGCUGCCCAUGAUAGUGUUUCGCCGCAAUAUCAAAACAUUGGCGCCGCAGCAACAGCCGCAUCGGUAGCCACUGUAUUGACUAGACUAGAAGAGUUGAGUCGGCGAGUGGCUGUUCUUGAAACUGGCCUCACGAGUGACGUUCGCCGUAUCCUACAACUACUCCAAGCACGGGACCCGGCACACCACAAUGCGCAACCUGCGCACACGCCUUCACAACCGCUGCCGAAAACCUCUCUAUCUGUGCCUCAAAAAAAUGACAAUCAAUGGGAAUGGACUUGGAACGGCGAUCGGGAUCGUGAUCGCAACGGCCCACGGUACGGACGCGGGGAACGAGCCGAGCGCACGCCCGGCGUGCAGCGGUCCGCCUCGGAACCGCACGCACCUGUUCCCCCUGCGCUGCCACCACCACCGCAUUCGCACUCUUUUUACAGGUAACAUUAUUAUGUUUUAUAUACUUUUCAUAUAAAUUACGUGUACAUAAUUAUUUAACAAUAUGUGGAGCCAAUGGAAAAUACCUAUUUUCGAAACAAGAAUAAUUCGUAUACAAAUUCAGAUUCAAACAUAAUAUACUUUUUCGAAAAGAUGUUACUUUUCGAAAAAAUAUAUUAUGUUUGAGCUGCUAGAUUUUCAGUACACUCAAGAAUAUUAUGAAUUGUAUAGUAAUAACUAGU